CUCUCAUCCUGUCUGCUCAAGUGCUUUAAGCGAGGCUGCUGUGAGACGCUGCGACCAUGGCUGCUACUGGAUCUUACCGUAUGGUGUCGGACGAGGAGCAGGCCAUGAGGGCAAAGCUGGAGCAUCUGACAGUGAAGGAUCACGGGCCGGUGUUCGGGCCCUGCCACAAGCUCCCCGGUCACACUGUGCAGAAGGCGAAGGAUGAGCUGAACGAGACGGACGAGAGGCGGGCGUCGUCGCUGAAGGACCUGCGGGCCGUGAUGAAGGAGAGGGCGGGGGAGGGAGACGACCUGGCCAAACUGGUGCUGGAGCGCUUCGGGGACAAACCGGACUCUCUGAUGCUGCGUUUCCUCAGGGCGCGCAAGUUUGACGUCGUCAGAUCCCACGAGCUCAUGAAGGGUUAUGUGCGUUUCAGGAAGGAGUAUCCUGAACUGUUUGAGAACCUGACCCCCGAGGCAGUCCGCAGCACCAUCGAGGCGGGUUACCCUGUGGUUCUGCCCAGCAGGGACAAGUACGGCCGUGUAGUCCUGCUCUUCAACAUCGAGAACUGGGACCUGGAGGAGAUCACCUUCGAUGAGAUCUUGAGAGCGUACUGUGUGAUCCUGGAGAAGCUGCUGGAGAGUGAAGAAACACAGAUUAAUGGCUUUGUCCUGAUCGAGAAUUUCAAGGGCUUCACCAUGCAGCACGCCUCGGGAAUUAAGCCGGCCGAGCUCAAAAAGAUGGUGGACAUGCUGCAGGACUCUUUCCCCGCCCGCUUCAAGGCGGUGCACGUCACCCACCAGCCCUGGUACUUCACCACCACAUACAACGUGGUCAAACCCUUCAUGAAGAGCAAGCUGCUGGAGAGGGUCUUCGUCCACGGUGACGAGCUGGACAACUACAUCAAAGAAUUUGAUGCGGACAUCCUGCCCGCAGACUUUGACGGGAAAGCGCCCGUCGCCGACUGCCAGGCCAUCGCCACCAAGCUUUUUGGCUCUGAAGACACCGCUCUCUGAGAGGACAAGCCUCCCAUUUCAAGCCCAGGAGUCGUAGUGUCCUUCACCCUAGAUGCUUCUUUUGUGAUCAGAUCAGAUUUGUGGUCUAUUUUGAAGCUAGGUCGACAUUUGUAUUAUUAUUAUUAUUAUUCAGGCAGUUCCUAUGAGCAAAAAAGAAGUAUCUAGAGUUAGGAGCAGGGGAUGGCUUACAAACACACGCUGACACGUGUGGGAAGGAAAAAGGAUGUUUAGAUAU